AUGGCAAAAACGCGAGUUAUAUACUGGUUCCGAACCGACCUCCGACUCCACGACUCGCCAGCCUUGAGAGCAGCCUUGGACCUAAACGCCGAAGCCUUCUGGCCAAUCUGGACAUGGGACCCUCACUAUGUAUACAAAACGAGAGUCGGGGUGAACAGAUGGCAAUUCCUCAUCGACUGUCAGAACGACCUCUCAAAAUCAAUAACAAGGCUGAACCCCAAUUCAAAACUCUUCCUCAUGAGAGAAGCACCCCAGACACUCUUCCCAAAACUCUUCAGAGCCUGGAAGAUCACCCAUCUGGUUUUUGAAAAAGACACGGAUCCCUAUGCACGGGCUCGAGACGCGGUUGUCAUGGAAGCUGCGAAAGAGGCGGGCGUGGAAGUCAUUGUUCGAUAUGGUCGAACAUUAUGGGACAGUGAUGAGUUAGUGAAGAAAAAUGGUAAUAAGCCAACGAUGAGUAUAAAGCAAGUAGAAGCAGCUGGGCCAAAGAUAGGACCAGUGCCGAAACCUAUCCCAGCACCGAAUUCUAUGCCGGAUCCUGGAGAAACGACACUAAAUUUCGAGCGAGAAGUGCCGGAGCAACAUCCAGAUCUGAAUGAAGGGUGUAGGGAAAAGAAGGACAAGUCAUAUGAGAAAAUAGCUGGGCCCAACGGCGACUUUGCCGUCCCAACACUCGCCGAACUCGGCUUCCCACCCGCAACCACGCCCCACCGAGGCGGCGAAAGCAUCGCGCUCUGCUCCUUGCACAAAACAACCUCGAACGCAACAUACACUGCGACAUUCCAGAAACCAAAGACGGCACCAACGGCAUUCUCCCCCCAAUCCACCACUCUACUCAGUCCACACCUGCAUUUCGGUACGCUCUCCGUGCGGCAAUUUUACUGGGAUGUGCAGGAUGUCCUCUCGUCGUACAAGGGAAAGGAAAAGGCCUCCACACCACCAACAAGUCUUAUAGGCCAACUCUUAUUCCGUGAUAUGUAUUUCGGCGCUCAAGCCCAUCUCGGGCACGCCUUCUCCUCCACGCUUCACAAUCCGAAAUGCCGCUUCAUACCCUGGCAACUAUCCAACGCCCCCACACCUACAACUACACCCCCCUCAAACCCAGCCUCCACCUCCACCUACACUAUCGAUUCCCCGCAAGCCGAAGCCUGGUUCCAGCGCUGGAAGUACGGGCGGACGGGGUUCCCAUGGAUCGACGCGCUGAUGCGGCAGCUGCGGCAAGAAGGCUGGAUACACCAUCUCGGCCGCCACGCAGUCGCGUGUUUCCUGACGCGGGGCGGCUGUUACGUGAGCUGGGAGCGCGGGGCCGAGGUAUUCGAAGAGUGGUUGAUCGAUCACGAGGAGGCGUGUAACAUCGGGAACUGGCAGUGGUUGAGCUGCACUGCGUUUUUCGCGCAGUAUUAUCGCAUAUACAGCCCCGUGGCGUUUGGGAAGGGCUGGGAUCAGCACGGUGCGUUUGUGAGGCGCUAUGUGCCGGAGCUAGGGACGCUGGAUGAGAAGUGGAUUUAUGAACCUUGGAAAGCUCCCGAGGAGGAGCUGAGGAGAGCGGGGGUUCGCAUUGAGGGGGAUGGGGCAAGUGGCAGCGGGGAGGAAGAGGGCGUGUAUCCGCAGCCCAUGUUUGAUUUCGCGGAACGGAGGACUAUAUGUCUUGAGAAGAUGAAGAAAGCGUAUGCGGUGGGUUUGUAUGGCGAUGAUCACCGGGUCCUCGACGGAUCCUGGAAACAUCUCUUUGACGAACCUUCAAAUGAACACGAGGAAGAACAAGGCAGUGAAAACAACAGGAAACGGAAAGCAAAGGGGCAAGCGACACUAGACGGGCAUUUCAAAAAGGCGAAAAUAUGA